GAGGGACCGGAUCUUGAGAGGAAACGGGGAGGCCAUGGCGGGCGGCUGGGCCACGGCACUGGGGCUGGGGCUCUGGGCCACCGCGCUGUGCCUGGGGGGCUGCCACCCCCUCGGGGGGGACGCAGAGCCCCACACCAUGGUGGAGCGCCCAGCUGGUAAGGACAACCUGGGGACGGGGGACAGUGAUGGGCGGGGGGAUGGGACACCUUGAAUGUGUCCCCACCCAGGGUGGCGUCCCCUUUCCCGCAGUGCUGCGGGACAAUUUCCGCCUGCAGCCUGGCGACCUGGUGGCCACAGCGGGCCAGGUGCUGGAGCUGGACUGCGUGCCUCCUGCUGGGCACCCCGAGCCCCGCGUCACCUGGAGGAAGGACGGUCUCACCCUGCGCCCAGCUGGGGGACGUCAUCAGGUCACCCGCGGGAAGCUGCGGGUGGCCCAAGUGCGCAGGACCGACGCGGGGGUCUAUGUCUGCGUGGCGGCCAACGCGGCAGGUGAGCGGCACAGCCGGGGUGCCCACGUCACUGUCCUAGAGAAGCCGGCCAUCGUGCAGCGGCCAAGUGACGCCGUGGUGGUGGCUGGUGGCACAGUGGAGCUGGGCUGCAGUGCGCAGGGUGAUCCCGUGCCACGGGUGCAGUGGCACAAGGAGAGCGGAGACCUGCCCUGGGGGAGGCACGAGGUGGACCAGGAGCACACGCUGCGCCUCUACGCCGUGACGGCCGCCGAUGCCGGCACCUACACCUGCACAGCUCAGAGCCAGUUGGGCAGUGCCGCCGCCACUGCCCGUGUCCAAGUGGAAGACCAGCUGCCAGCAGGCCGGCGGGAGGCCACACCACGGGACCUGCUGGCCGUGCGGCUGCAGCUGGACAACGGCACUGCACUGCCCACCGCCGCUGCCGCCUGGCUCCGCUGGCGGAUGAUGGCACCAGGGCCAGCGCCGGAGGGCUACGUGGUGCUGUACCGCUGCCUGCUCCCUGUCGGCACCGCCUGGUCCCAGCAGGACGUGGGCAGGGAGCUCAGCACUGUCAUCCCUGCGCUCCGACGGGGCUACCAGUACGAGUUCAAGGUCCGGCCCUAUGCCAGGGGGGCCUGGGGCUUGGACAGCAACAGCUGGCACCUCUGGAUCCCUGAGGAAGAGGUGACGGCAGGGAGCACUGGGAUGGUGCGGGCUCUGCGGCAGCCUGCUGUCAUCGCAGCUGCCGGCUCACUGCUGUGGCUGGCCCUGCUCGCCCUCCUCCUCCUCCUCUGCCAGCGCCGCGCCAGGCAGGAUGCCUUGGCACGCCACAGACAGAGGGACAGCGAUGCACCAUGGCUCAGCAGCCCCUGGAAACCCAGCUGCGUCCCCCAGAACCUCAGUGGCAGCGGCAGCCUCAGCAGCCGGCUCCUGGGCAGCGACAGCAGGGACCCCCAGCCCUCCUCCCUGUCCUCAGAGCCUCCGAGCCUCAGUCCAGCGACAUCCCCCAACUGCAGCGACCUUCGCAGGGGACACCCCAAACCCAGCACCCUGAGCCCAGCACCCUGGGAGCACAUCCACAAGAGAGAGCUGGACCGAGUGCACAGCACCCCGGUGCUGGCAGCUGGACUCGGGACCAUCCCCAUCCCUGCGAGUGGUGGAGGGGACCUAUGGUGGCUGCCAGCCGUCAUCUCCCCGAAAGCACGGCGGGGCAGUGCCUUGCUGGCAUCCAUCGACACUGAGAUACUGGUGGCACCCCUAGGGCAGCCCCGCGCCUGGCACCCUGCAGGGACUCGGUUCCCGGCCACUGGGUGCUCAGGGGCCUUGUCCCCAGUUACUGGAAACCCAAGAGACUCGUCCCCAGUCACCAGGAGCCCCAGGAACAUGUCUCCGGUCACCAGGAAACCGAGGGACAUCUUGCUGGUCAGCAGACACCCCAGGGACAUGUCCCCAGACACUAGGAGCCCCAGGGACAUGUCCCCAGUCCCCAGGAGGCCCAGGGACAUGUCCCCAGACACUAGGAGACCCAGGGACAUGUCCCCAGUCCUCAGGAGGCCCAGGGACAUGUCCCCAGACACUAGGAGCCCCAGGGACAUGUCGCCAGUCACGAGGAGCCCCAAGGAUGUGUCCCUGAUCAUGAGGCACCCCAAGGAUAUAUCUCUGGUCACCAGGAACCCCUGGGACAUGUCCCCAGUCACCAGGAGCCCCGUAGACAUGUCCCCAGUCGCAGGGAGCUGCAGGGACAUGUUUCUGGCCACCAGGCACGGCAAAGAUAUGUCACCAGCCAGGGGGUGCCCCAAGGACAUGUCCCCAGUCAUUAGGCACUCUAAGGAAAUGUCCCCAGUCACCAAGCGCCCCAGGGACAUGUCCCCAGCCACUGGGCACUCCCUGCUCACCACAUAUCAUGAGAACAAGUCCCCGGUUGCUGGGCACGCCAGGGACACAUCACCAGACACCAAGCAACCGAGGGACAUGUUCCUGGUCACCAGACAUCCCAGGGAUGUGUUCCCAGACACCAGGCACCCUGAGGAUACAUCCGUGGUCACCAGGCACCCCAGGGAUGUGGCCACGGUCACUGGACGCCCCAAGAACAUGCUCCUGGCCACCAGGCACCCUGAAGACGUGUCCCCAGACCCUGCCCGCCUUUCACUGGCGCUCAGCGAUGGGGUCCUCACGCCACAGCAGGUGGCCGAGGACCUGGAGCAGGCACGGGAGGCCGCCCACCCCAUGGACACCCCAGGGAUGGAGCAUCCCCCGAUGCCAGCGGUGUCCCCAACACAUCCCCGGUGUGUCCCUGUGCCCCGGCCCCUCUCCCCUCCGCACACCUACGGGUACAUCUGCGGACCUCCUGCCUCAGAGCUGGGCGAGGGGGAGGAGGAAGAAGAGGAGGAUGACGAGGAGGAAGAGAGGACAGAGACGUGGGACCAGGGAGGCUCCCCGGGGGGGUCUCUGCUGAAUGGCUGGGGCUCCGUCUCAGAGGGAAAUGUCCCCAGCACCCGCUGCAGCCUGGCGAGCUCCUCCGACGGCUCCUUUCUGCUCGAUGCCAGCUUUGCCCGGGCUCUGGCUGUGGCUGUUGACAGCCUCUGCUUCAGCCUUGAGGAUGCCGAUGGAGCCGUUGCCCCCCUGAGUCACCAGGCAUCGUUCCCUCUCUGUGGGGAGGUGGCCUUGGGGACAGGGACGGGCAGCCCCUGGGCGAGGGUGGCCAGCAAGCAGGGCGGGCUCCUUGCCGGGGACAGGAGGGACAGGAACGCAGCGAUCCCCGGGGUAUAGAAGGUGGGAAGGCCAGAGCCCGCCUGGCUUGGCUAAAAUCCAGCUUUAUUCAUUGAUUCCCCCAAAAGGGGCUCUCUGCUAGAAAAAGCUACAUGCAAAGGAUGGGUGGCACCGGGGCAGCAGGUGCCCCUCCUGCUCUUCCUCCCUUUGUCCCUCCCAACCAGCCUUGGCCUCAGGGUCCUCAUCCUUCUGGGGCACCCUCAUCCCCUGUGACUGUCCUGGGCUGUCCCAAACCUCCUCAUCCCUCCCGAGCAUCCUUGUCCCUUCCGAGCAUCCUCAGGCAUCCUCAGCAUCCUUGUCCCCACCCAGAGCAUCCUUGUCCCUCCCUCAAGCUGCUGCCUACCCCGCUGGCUCUGUGCACACCUAUUUAUGCAUCUCAGACAGAAAUUAAUGAGCAUCCCAUUUCUACCCC